AAUUUCCCAGGAUGCACUGGCUGUUCUCUUUCGGUCACCAUCACCAAACCGGAAGUGUACUAUUCAACUAGUGGGGAAAAACUGUCGAAGGCGGUGUACUUCGUGAACUGGGGAGAUUACUUGAUAAGCCCCAUGGACACAGCGCCACCUACUACCCAGUCUUUCGCAUCCAAUGCCAUUGAUGUCUGUGCUUGCCAAGCUUUACGACGAAAGCACGUAGACAUCGAAGGCAAUUUGUCUUAUACAGAGACGAUUGAAGUUCAGAAGAAAAUAGAGGAAAUGUGGAAAGCAAAAUAUCCAGGGGCAAUGAUAGAUUUUAAGAGCACUGAAGAGUUCGUAGAUGUUAAAGGCCAAGGUGUCACAAGAGUUUAUUUUACAAUAUCUGUGGCCCAGCGUGACACAUCCAGCUCCUGCCCCAACUUCCGGCCUCAGAAAGUGUGACGUCACAGUUGUCGCCAUGGACACCAUCAAUACUGCCCACACACCGUGUGUAUUCGCUCUAUGUCUGGGACAAGCCCACCGACAAACCAGAAAAUCUGGCAGAAGCCUUGAAGAAAUCAUGGCUGGCGACGAACAAAGUGGUGGCUCUGGACGCGAUGUCUGUGACUAUCCUCGGCCAGGAAGGCGAUUACACCAGCGGUGAUGACGGGGCCUCGGUAACAAAGAUCCGCUACACGGCCUCCGUUCUCGACGCGGACUCCAGCAUAGCUAACGUUGAUGAGCCUUCCCAGGAAGUGUACGACACUGAGUUAGCCAAGGCAGGUUUUACAGUCUGUGGAUGUAUCCCUGACAAGAUACGCGAGUUCUACAUUUCCGGUCCAGUCGAUGGAACUGACGAUGAGACUUUACAAGACGCCAUUGCUAAAGCCUGGAAGAAAGAAAACCCAGAUUUCAACGGAACACUAACUACCACCAUAAUUUCAAAGACAAACGGUUACCAGAGUUCGGAUGAAAAUGGAACAAAAUUGACAAAGGUAACUUAUAAGGAAUCGAAAAUCUAG